AUGACGCGUCCUACCUUAGCUGGACGGUUGGCUAGAUGGGCCAUGAUAUUAUCCCAGUUUGACAUUUCGUAUGUCCCUCAACGGGCUGUUAAGGGACAGGCGUUAGCUGAAUUUUUAGCGGCUCACCCGAUCCCGGCAGAUUCACCUCUAAAUGAUGAUUUUCCUGAUGAGCAUUUGAUGACCAUCGAUGCCCCGGAGUGGGAGAUGUAUUUUGAUGGGGCCUCUUCCUUGAAAGAAGGGCCACCAGGGUCUCUCCCAAAGGUGCAAUCGGGGAUCGGAUUAAUUUUCGUAUCGCCCGAGGGUGGCAUUCUCCGCUACUCUUAUAGUUUAGCAGAACCAUGUACGAAUAAUGCCGCUGAAUAUGAAGGCUUAAUUCUAGGACUUGAGUUGGCUAUCCAAAUGGGCAUUACAAGAAUCAAGAUUUAUGGUGAUUCACAGCUCAUUAUAAGCCAGAUCUUAGGAACCUAUAGGGUCCUGAAACCUGAACUUCUAGCCUAUCAUGAGAGAGCGAUGACAAUGUUGAAGCUCAUUCGUAAGGUCACUCUUAUUAGGAUACCUCGAUCUCUCACCGAUGCUCUUGCUAAAUUGGUUAAAGAGCUAUCAAGUCCUGACGGAAAUCCGGUGACAGUUGUGAUCCGAGAAAGAAGAAUCUUGUCGCCGACGAUUUCUAGCCCUUCAGGUGACGUGCCCUCAGAUAGCGGUGGCGUCAUUUUGGCUACUUCUAAUGGAGUAUCUAAUGAUUGGCGUCAAGACAUCAUUGCAUACUUGACAGGAAUUCUCCCCGACGAUCGCUCCCUCGCUUCUCAGAUUCAGAAGAGGGCACUGUCGUUUACAAUUAUUAACGAUACUCUGUAUCGACGUUCCUUUGAGCAGAUGUGGUUACGAUGUGUAGGGGAUGAUGAGGCCCAGAAAUUAAUGGCUGAGGUCCAUGAGGGCGUCUGUGGAUCCCAUCAGUCGGGUCCCAAAAUGAAAAUCAAGAUCAAACGCCUUGGUUAUUAUUGGCCUAUGAUGACACUUGAUUGCAUUGAACAUGCCAAACGGUGCCAUCAAUGUCAGGUGUUUAGCCCUGUGCUUCAUCAACCCCCAAGUAUAUUACAUCCGACAGUCGCAUCAUGGCCUUUUGAAGCCUCGGGUACCGAUAUUGUGGGGCCUAUUGACCCACCGUCCUCUCGAGGACAUCGAUUUAUUCUUGCAGCUACUGAUUUUUUCUCUAAAUGGGCGGAAGCUAUCCCUCUAAGAGAAGUAAGGGCUGAUAAUAUGCUGCAUUUCCUUAAGAAUAAUAUCGUUUAUAGAUUUGGUGUGCCACGACGUAUCAUCUCUGAUAACGGGCUGGCUUUCAAAAAUACUAAAAUUAAUAGAUUUGCUCGGCGUCAUCACAUCGAAUGGCGAUAUUCGACGAUCUAUUACCCGAGAGCGAAUGGCUUGGCUGAAGCUUUUAAUAAAACCUUAGUUGGCCUUAUCAAGAAAAUUCUCCAUGCCAACAAGAAAGAGUGGCACGAGAAGCUCUCGGAGGCUUUAUGGGCAUAUCGUACGACAUACCGUACUCCCACUAGUUCUACUCCAUACGCAUUGACAUUUGGGUCUGAGGCAGUCCUUCCUUUGGAAGUUGAAUUGCCUUCAUUGCGUAUUGCUAUUAGCAAUAAUGUCAAUAGCGAAGAUAAUACCCGACUUAGGUUGGAAGAGCUUGAAGCUUGGAGGGGCUACGAUUACAAGCCCAACAAAGCCUUGAACUAUACCGGGCCCGUAUGGCUAAAGCCCAUGACAAGCUCGUUAGGCCCCGUACCUUCGUAG